UGUGUAGCCAGUUGCGAUUCUGCGCAUGGCAGCAGGGUUGCCCUCCUCAGUCCUAUGCAGAUGCACCCCCUAGUAUCACACGGCAAUUGCUAAUUUGCGCGCGUCAAUCCCCUCGGCGCAGUCGUACAUUGUGCGAUGGGUCAAGGUCGAUGCCGGACACACGAUAUCAUGGAGCGUGCAGCCACACAAGAAGUCCAUAAACUUCGCCAUCGUUAAACAUCCCGGCACUGGCGGAACGACGCUUACGUCUCAGCCCGACGAGUUCAGUGGGCUCGAGCAGCACACAGAUGGCGCCGCCGACUCGAAGCACGGCCUCUUUGCCAAGCGAGACGUCAGCACCGCGCAGGACCAGCUCGCGAAAAAGGGCUUCAUUCCGAUCAAAUGGCACGGCAAAUGCGAGGCCGACAAGGUCUCGGUCGGGACGCACGACGUCACGGAGGGGGGCAUGUUCGGCCUGGUCUUCGACAACACCUUCUCGAAGCAGACGUCCAAAACAGCCACCUUCGUCUUGCUGACCUAUCCGACCGGCGCGCCCCCUCAGACGACCCGCCAUCUGCCCAACCUCCAAGCCGGCCCGACCGCGAGCACGAGCCGAUCCAGCUUGGGGAAGCACACCCACAGUCCCCGCUUGGGCGCUGUUACGUCGGAAUCCGUCGACAGCCUGCACAGCCAUAACACAGCUGGGCGUGCUCUGUCGGUCGCUGGGCGGAGCGACGCAGGGGUGCCGAGUUCAUACCACGUCGGCGUGCUGCUCAAGAGGAGGCGCAAGAAGGGACAAGGCUACGCCAGGCGCUUCUUUUCUCUCGACUACACGACCUGCACUCUCUCGUACUAUCACAACCGCAACUCCUCUGCGCUUCGCGGCGCGAUCCCUCUGAGCUUGGCUGCCAUUGCGGCCGAUGAACGGCGGCGCGAGAUCACCAUCGACUCCGGCGCUGAGGUAUGGCAUCUGAAGGCGUCGAACGCGAAGGAGUUUGUAGAAUGGGCACGAGCACUGGAACGCGCGAGCAAGAUUGCGCGUGGCCUGGAGAGCGCCGUGGAGGAGCCGGCGCCCGAGACCCACGGGGGCGCCACAACGCAGCCCGUCCCCGCAAUUCGCCAUCCACAGCAGGAAGAGGAAGACAGGGAAUGGAAGCAGGUCGAGGCGCUGGUUAGCAGGAUAGUAGGGACCCGGGACGCGCUCCGGCGCCUGGUCAAGGACCUGGCAGCCCAAAAAGAGGCGCCCACCAACCACGGGACCCAUCUCUCGCCGAACACCCCGACAGUGCCCGAAGACUCGGAGGGCUCCUUCGCUCAGCAGAACGACAAGAAGCCGUUCUGGAAGCGCAAGGCGAGCGGGUCUUCGUCCCCCCACGCGCCACAGUCAAUGCAAAGUGCGGCGAGCACAUCGCUGGCUGUCCCGACGCCGACCAGUGCCACUCCUGUCCCCAACGGCGUCAUGCCGCAAGGGGCAGCCCCGCAAGGGGAUACGAAUACCUACGACAACUGCGCGGCUCUAUUAAAGGACCUCGACUCGGUGGUUGUUGAGUUCUCAGCCCUCCUCAAUAGCAGCAAGCGCAGGCGGAUAUCGACGCAAACACCUGCCGUGCCGAGGAAGAGCAUGGAAUCGACGGCGUCGACUGUGGAGGAGUUCUUCGAUGCGGAGGCUGGCGACUCGGACCGGUCGCAGAACCAGCUCAUGCUGAUCGACCACCACAGCGAGGAGGACACGCCAGCCUCGGACGCCGAGGAGGUCUCGAUCCACGAGUCGUCGUCCAUCUCGUCGGUCGAGGACGACGAGGUUCCGCACACGGGCGAGGGCGUCGGCAGCCUAUUUCCGCCGAAACCAAAAUCGCUCACGCCGCUCCCCAUCUCGGACGUCAUCGCCCGGCGCAAAACCAUCCCGCCGGCCAGGGUAGCACCGCCGAGCCUGAUCGCGUUCGUGCGCAAGAACGUGGGCAAGGACCUCAGCACCAUCUCGAUGCCCGUGUCGGCCAACGAGCCGAUCUCGCUGCUGCAGCGCAUGGCGGAGCAGCUCGAGUACGCGCAGCUGCUGGACGCGGCGGCGAAGCAGAGCCAGCCGGAGCAGCGGCUCCUGCGCGUCGCCGCCUUCGCCGUCUCGCAGUUCAGCAACGGGCGGGCCAAGGAGCGGGCGGUGCGCAAGCCGUUCAACCCGCUGCUGGGCGAGACGUUCGAGCUGGUGCGCUCCGACGCCGAGGUGCCGGGCGGCUUCCGGCUGCUGGUCGAGAAGGUGUCGCACCGGCCGGUGCGGCUGGCCAUGCAGGCGGACAGCGCGCUGUGGUCGUUCGCGCAGGCGCCGGCGCCGACGCAGAAGUUCUGGGGCAAGAGCGCCGAGCUGACCACCGAGGGCCGCGUGCGGGUCUGCCUGCGCCUGCCCGACGGCUCCGACGAGUUCUACAGCUGGAACACGGCGACCGUCUUCCUGCGCAACGUGGUCAUGGGCGAGAAGUACGUCGAGCCGGUCGGCACCAUGCACGUCGUCAACGACGGCACGGGGGCCAAGGCGGCCGUCGAGUUCCGCUCCAAGGGCGUCUUCGGCGGCCGCGGCGAGGAGGUGCAGGUCGAGGUGUUCGGCGCGGACGGGGCGCCCGCGGGCCUGUCGCUGAGCGGCACGUGGACGGGCGCGCUGCGGGCGGCGCCGGGCGGGGAGGAGAUCUGGCGGGCGGGCAGCCUGGUGGAGAAGGCGGGCAGCACGUACGGGCUGACGACGUUCGCGGCGAGCCUGAACGAGAUCACGGCGGUCGAGAAGGGCCGGCUGCCGCCGACGGACAGCCGGCUGCGGCCGGACCAGCGCCUGGCCGAGCGCGGCGACCUCGACGCCGCCGAGGAGUGGAAGGUCAAGCUCGAGGAGGCGCAGCGGCAGCGCCGCCGGGCCAUGGAGGAGCGCGGCGAGGAGCACCGCCCCCGCUGGUUCGUCAGGGCGGCCACCGGCCCGGACGGCGACGAGGUCUGGCGGCUCAAGGGCGGCAGGGACGGCUACUGGGAGGAGAGGGCGCGCGGCACGUGGACCGGCGUGGUGGAUAUCUUUGCUGCGUAGGUGGUAUACCGGUGGUGAGCGGGGCGCCGGAGCGCUGUUGUGUC